AUGACAGAUGACGAAAUCAAACAGGUAGAAGAUAUUGUCAAUCAAAAAAUAGAUGCAGAAAUACAAGGAAUCAUCGAUCGUGAUAUUCCUAUCAAAGAGGCUAUGGAUAGAGGUGUCACGGCCCUAUUCGGAGAGAAAUAUGGCGAGACGGUGCGCGUAGUUAGCUUUGAUAAAAACUACUCUAUGGAGCUCUGUGGUGGAACUCACGUGAAGAAUACCAGUGAGAUAGGAUACUUCAAACUGCUUUCAGAGUCCUCUAUAGCCGCGGGAAUUAGACGUAUAGAAGCUACUACUUCUACCAAUGUGCUGGAUUAUUAUAAGCAGAAAGAACAAAUGCUAGAUGAAAUCAGUGCCAUGCUAAAACAUCCUCAGAAAUUAACCCAGACCGUUCAGAAUCUCAGCACUGAAAAUGGAGUGAUCAAAAAAAGUCUGACCAGCUAUGAACAGGUCAUUGCGAAUUUAGAAUUUGAGAAGUUCACUCAAUAUCAAAAAGAGCUGAGCUAUAUACUAUCCUAUGAUCACUUAUCUUCUGACGUAGUAAAACUAUUAGCUUCCAAACUGAGAACAGAAUAUCCAGAUAGAGCCUUUAUUCUAACUACGAAAGAAGACGGAAAGCUCAAGCUAACUGUCAUCUGCGGAGAUAUCUAUCUGAAGAACGGUAAGCCAGAUGCUAAGACCAUUGUAAAAGAAAUAGCUCCUAUCAUCAAAGGUGGUGGAGGUGGUCAAGCUGCUAUAGCCAAUGCCGUAGGGGAUAUUAGUACGGAUUUAGGCUUAUUAGCUAAUCAAUAG